UUAAACAAAAUCAGCUGUCACGCGAAAAAACAUUAUCGUUUUUAUAAACAACAUAUUUUUUAUUUGAUAAACAGCAUAAGAUGAAACGCUCAUACCGUAUCAGUGUUAAAACCCUGGCUGAAGACGAAUUGAGAAAUUUUCGUAUCAGUGCUUCUUUACAAAAUUUCGAUGAAUUCAUGACUAAAAUUUCAGAAAUAGUGUCGUGUUUGGGAAUCGAAAGUUUUCGUAUUGAUUAUCCAGGUAAAGAUGGCGUAGAAUACUGCAUACUGCAUCCAGAAAGCUUUCAACAAUUUAUCAAUGAAGAAGUUGAUGAUGUUUUCGUUAAAGAAACUGUACGACCAAGUCUGCCAACCGUUCAGCCGACUCCACCCGCGCAUCCAACUCCACCAGCUGCCGCCACGAUGUCCUGUCGAGCGUUUAUAUGCCGCCUGAUAGGUUACUUCGUUCCUCAAUCCCAUCACAAACUAGAGUAGAAUACUCUGUACGUCAUCUGUUUAUGCAGGCAGUUUGCGAUUGCGUAUCAUCAAACGAAAUAAAAACAAUGUGUAUGGUGUAAGCUUAUCUCCACAUAGGCCCACAACUUUUGCUACCAUCACUAUGAUUUACGGGUUGGAAUAAAAUCAUUUGCAAUUAUGGUACUUUUUACUUGGAAAAUAAAAAAUGAUCAAA